AAUGCAUCUCGAAGGCUAAAGACUUUGCUAUGGUCAAUAUACAGGAGAAAAGAAGGUUUGAUGAAAUGGAAAGACAGGAGUGGCAAGUGACGUGCUUGUGCCCCGUAUGACUAAGCGAUGUCGUGGCCGUUCCACACCACGGCAUCUGAGCAGCCAGCCUGCAGAUACUGGGUCAGUUUAGAUAUCCCUGAUCUCUGCAGAGCUUUGAUCAGGUAGCCCAGGAGCAGAUAAACACAAACGCUGACUGGAAACCCUGGCACACGGAGGCACUGGAAACAGCAAGCUGCUAUUAACAUCAUAGUGAGAGGCAAUCGCCUUCUCUCUUAGGGGUGUCAGCUUCUUUUGCUUCUAGACUUUCAUCUGCGUUACAAUACAGUUUUGUUCAGUUUAUCCCCAUUACUCCGCUGUCUUCGCUGUUAAAGUCUCAGCCAGCACUUAGCUCUGACACUGUAGGAAUUUGACUGUCCGGCUGACCAGGCCUACCUGGCAUGGCUGUAAAGCAGGCGAGAGCUUUCUGGAAGGCAGAGACGAGAACCCGAGGCAGGAAAGAGCGUUGCUGGUCCACAUACGGCAGUGCACCUGCAGCAGAGCAUGUACGUGCACGUUUCAGGCUAAACAAGUGUAGGAGAGAAGAAAACCGCCUAUGAUUAGUCACUUAAAAUGCCACACACCCAACCCUUGAGACCCUAGCACAUAGAAUAGUAGGGGUCUUGGAGAUGGCAGGUGUGCUGAAGUCUGAUUUUCUCACUUAGCUUUUCCAGCAGCGUUUUCCUCAUCUCUAAGCUGGGGCUAAGAACUGCCCCGCAUAGAUUUGUGCAUGGAACCGUGCGUGUGAAGUGGGGUAGCCCCCAGGACCUAGGAAGGACUCGUGGUCAGUGUCGGUGGUCAUGCGUGCUGUACGGGUCCCCCAGGAGGACCAUUGCUACAGAUAACUCCCUCCGUUUAAUGUCACUGAAUGUAAAAGGUGGGAGCUUGGCCUCUGAUGUGUCUGGUUUGCUGCAGGCCGCGCUGCACCCCGUGGUUCCUGAGCCCUGGGCUGAAGUACGCCCUGCUGCAUCGCCUGUGCCGCUUUUGCUGUGCAACGAGAGCUCCUGCCCUGGGAAACUUCCUCGCGCCUGACGAGCACCACAGGCUGCAGCAAGACCUGUCGGAAGCGUGGGCUGGGAGGAGCUCGCCAUGGCCCUGUCCUCUCCAGGCUAGGAGUGACUUUGUGGGGUUUGUCGGCCCUUCUCUCAGGUGUCCUGUGUCUCAUGGAUCAGCCGGCGAGCCCUGUCAGAUGCCUCUCUCCUGUCUGGAGGAGCACUCUCCAAAACGCUGCCUGCCACCCGGAUCUCCUGGCGCAGAGUGAGGCCACAUCUGCAGACCUUACCGCACAGAGUCCCAAGGCAUUCGGCAAGAAGGGGAGUGGGCUGCAUACUAGGACGCCGCCCGAGUCUGAAGAUGUCGGUGUGUGCGGGAAUGCCUGGCGCAGUCACUAUGGGUUUUCCUUCAGCCUCCUCCGUGCCCCUCCCUGGGUCAAUCAGUAUCCAUGCGUGCCACAAGAUGACACAUCAAGAGGAGCCCCGUGGCUGACCCUGGAGGUGGACGGUCGGGUCGGAUUGGCCGCCCUCCAGCACGUGUUUCGAGUGAUGCCUUCCCUGGGUUACGCAGCCCUGAUCUGUAGCGCACAACUUCCCAGCUCCAGCCAAUCUGGUCUUGCCGUCUCCUUCCAAGAAGGUAGGUGCGGCGCACUUGCCUUUAAGCGGCUCCUUCUGGACACCGCAGGGCGGCAGCAAGCAAGCAUGGGCGGCUUUUUCCUUACGUUGACCAAAAUACGCAGGGCCAGCUUUGCACGAUCCCAUUCAGCAUCACACGUGUGCAUUGGCCACUCACCUGUCCGUCUGCCACAGACAGGCCUGGACCGGACCAUUGAGUGGUCUUUACGGCAAAGAGCCUAAAGGGCUCACAGGAAACCUGGACCCAGCGCAAUGGUAACAGCGCAGCAAUACCUGUCAUUGAUCAAGGGGUAUUCUGGGCCGGACGCGGUGUUAAGUGAUCCAGUUCGGUUAGCACUCUUAGAAUUAACCCCCUUUUGCCUAUCAGGAAAUCGAGGAUGGAGGGCAUUAACGCCAGGGAGCAGGGAGUAAGGGGACACACAGAGGGCCUGAGGGACUGGGCACUCUGAGCCCGCGGAUCCGCCCCCAGGCCCCGGCUGCACGGGCACCAGA